AUGGGAUAUAAUAAAGGGGUUAUAUCAGGACAAGCUUUAGGGGAACCAAGUACCCAAAUGUUAUUAAGAACUUUCCAUUUAGGUGGUAGUAUAGGUAAUAUAACUCAUUUGUCUCAUAAUAAAAUUACUGACAAUAAAAAAAUAAAAUAUGUACAUAAAUUUGAUAAUAUAGGAAAAAAUAUUGACUUUUUAUCUAAAUCUAAUAAUAGUGUUUUUAGACUUAAUAAGCUAAAAUAUAAUGUAAAAAACAAUAUUGAUUUAGAUGAAAAUAAAAUUAAAAAACCGGAUAUUUCCUUCAUAGAUAAGAUUUUUGAAGGAGGUAUAACUAAAUAUGUUUUAACUGAUAGUGGUGUUUUUUCUAAAUUAAGUUUUCAAGAAACUUUAAGGUUUUUUAAAAAUAUUAUAUUUGAACAUAGUGUAGAUUGGACUGUAGAUUCUAAAUCUAAUAUUAUAUUUUCUAGUUUCAUACCAGUAGGUUCUGGAUGGUAUAGAUACUUUUUUUAA